AUGUCGGAAGGCACAGAUACUGUCAUCACGGUGGCACCGGCGGAAAGCAAACUGGUGGAGAGCAAACCGGACCAAUCUGUUCCUGUUGUUCCUGUUGUUCCUGUUGUUCCUGUUGUUCCUGUUCCUGUUCCUGCUCCUGAGCCUGAGCCUGAGCCGGCACCCAAGCCAGCACCCGAGCCACAGCCACCCGCAGCCACAAAACCAGCCAAACCGGCAAUCAAUGUACCAGAGUUCUCAUGGCUAAAGCCGCAUCCGACCUUUGUAAUACUGUUGAUUGGCCCGGAUGAGCAACCCUUCGGUUUGCAAAAGGACUUUCUAUGCUACCGAAGCGGCUUCUACAAAAGAUACUUUGCCGAAAACAAGGAUGAAGAGAAGCUCGAGCACAUCGUCAAGCUUCCCGACACGUCGGUGCAGGUGUUUGGACUGGCACAACAUUAUCUCUUCACAGGGGACGUUAUUGCCGACCUGAGAGCGACGCCGUCCUACGAAGCGCUGGUGAAUUUGUGGAAUCUGGGGUACAAGCUGGAGAUCGACGGGUUGUGCGAUCGGGCCCUGGACGCCAUGACAGAGUGUAGGAGGAUCACGUCACGGAUACCCUCGACACCGCUGCUGGUGCAAGUCUGGAAGGAAGCCCCGGAAGGCUCGGCGAUCAGGCAGCUCCUGCUCUCGUGGACGGCCGAGUAUAUGAGAUCAUCGGCCGCAAGAGCCGAGUUUGCCAAGUCACUGCCGCAAGAGGUCCUGAGCGAGCUGGUCGUCGCCAUGAGCUCGUUUGAGCGCAACAGCCUCGGCGACCGAGCCCAAGCCGCGGCCGCGCGGAAGAACGUGCACUACCUAGAUGCGGCCGACGACGACGACGGCCUCGCCAGCGUCAAGCGGAGCAGGCGCGUGAGCGCCGCGCCCUCGCAGCAGGCGGCGGUGGGUGCAUCGGCGUCGGGGACAGACUCGGUCGUCGUUGCCGCCGCUCCCGCGUCCAAGAACCGGACGCCGCUGCCGAAGCCGCCGCAGAAACGCCGCUCCGGGGCAGCGGCGUACCUGGACGGGCGGACGUUCUCGACGGCGUCGAAGCUGGACUUUUGCGCGGACCUGCUGACGCGGAUGCUGUCCGGGCCGGGGUUCUGGACGCGUCUGGUCGGGCCGUUCCGCGAGCCGGUGGAGCCGGAGGAGGACGGGGUGCCGGACUACCUGGACAAGGUGAAGCGGCCGAUGGACCUGAUGACGAUCAAGGACCGGAUGGACCGGCGGGCGUACGCGGACGACGUCGAGUUCGUGGCGGACGUGCGGCAGAUUUUUGAGAACUGCUUCACGUACUGGAAGCCCGGCCAGCCCAUGUACGAGGCGGGCGAGCGGCUGCAGCGGACGUUUGAGGACAAGUACUCGCACAUGAACAAGUGGAUUGCUAAGAUGGGAAGCGAGGACGGCGAGUGA